AUGGAAAAUUUCUGUUUGCCUCAGAGAGAGUCGGUUCCGUCCCCAUCCCCCGCCGUGAGGUCAAGCACCCGUUUAGACCAGGAGAACAGGCCCCCUUCCGUUCGACAUUACCGUAGCAUGUUGGUCGUGGAUGCUCCGUCUCUUGGCCCCCUGAAGCCGAUGUCUUACGAAGAACUUUAUUUCCAUCAACCGCUUGCUGUAGCAGCUGCAAACGGUACGAUAGCAUCGCCUGUGCCGACUGAGGGCAAAUCCUCACCCAAACCGUCCAUUACACCGAGUUCUGACCUCAAACCAACAGCUCCAGCUGCUGCCUCGACGUCGGGCCCGAUCAUCAACGACAACAAGAACAUCGUUCGAAGGAAGUUGACCGGCUACGUUGGCUUUGCGAACUUGCCAAACCAAUGGCAUCGCAAGAGUGUCCGAAAGGGCUUUAACUUUAAUGUUAUGGUUGUCGGUGAAUCUGGCUUGGGUAAAUCUACUCUCGUCAACACUCUCUUCAACACUUCUCUUUACCCGCCUAAGGACCGAAAGGGACCGAGCCUUGACAUAAUACCCAAGACCGUCUCUAUUCAGUCCAUCAGUGCCGAUAUCGAGGAGGCCGGUGUUCGUCUACGCCUGACUGUUGUCGAUACCCCAGGAUUCGGAGAUUUCGUGAACAACGACGAGUCAUGGAGACCAAUUGUCGACAACAUCGAGCAGCGUUACGACGCCUAUUUAGAUGCGGAGAACAAGGUCAACCGGAUGAACAUCGUAGACAACCGUAUCCACGCCUGCGUCUUUUUCAUCCAGCCCACAGGUCACUCUUUGAAGCCUCUGGAUAUCGAAGUUAUGCGUCGUCUUCACACCAAGGUCAAUCUGAUCCCGGUAAUUGCUAAGUCGGAUACCCUUACAGACGACGAGAUUGCCGGCUUCAAAUCCAGGAUCCUCGCAGAUAUCAAGCACCACGGUAUUCAGAUCUUUGAGGGCCCUCGAUACGAGUUGGAUGACGAAGAAACGAUUGCAGAGAACAAUGAAAUUAUGUCGAAGGUUCCUUUCGCCGUUGUUGGCGCUAACAACGAAGUCACCAAUGCCGAUGGACGUAAAGUUCGUGGCCGUCGAUACCCAUGGGGUGUUAUUGAAGUUGACAACGAGGAGCACUGUGAUUUCGUCAAGCUACGCCAAAUGCUAAUCCGAACUCACAUGGAAGAGCUCAAGGAGCACACCAACAACGUUCUGUACGAAAACUACCGAACAGACAAGCUUACUGCUAUGGGUGUUGCUCAAGAUCCUAGCGUCUUCAAGGAGGUUAACCCAGCUGUCAAGCAAGAAGAGGAACGUGCUCUGCACGAACAGAAGCUUGCUAAGAUGGAGGCCGAAAUGAAGAUGGUAUUCCAGCAGAAGGUAGCCGAGAAGGAGAGCAAGCUGAAGCAGAGCGAAGAAGAGCUGUACGCCCGUCAUAGAGAGAUGAAGGAGCAGCUAGAACGGCAACGAUUAGAACUCGAAGAGAAGAAGUCCCGAAUCGAAUCCGGAAGACCCAUAGAAAAGGAAGGCAAGCGAAAGGGUUUCUCCUUACGGAACUAAGCUCUUCUAACGACCAACCUAUACUAAUCUAUGAUCUACGCCCGGAGCCUUCAUGAUGCCCGUACAGUACCAGCCUGCCGCGUUCUUUCACUUCGUCAUUCUGUCUAUUCAACCCUCUGUUCUUUUAAUUACUCACCACUUAAUAUACCUCACCAGACAUUGUCAGCUGGACAAUGCUCGGAUGAGUAACUCCUGGCCGUGGUUAGCGGUACCGAAAAAAAGCACCCGGCAACUCCCAUGAAAACGACAAGACCGGCUUUCGAGGGAACAAAGUUUCCUGAUGUCUGGGGUUGCUUUUCCGGCGUUCUUGAACAUUGCGGCGAGAUAUAGUUGGUUCAGGAUUUUGACGACUGUAUUCUAUUCCCUCCGACGUUAUGCACCAGGCUGCCUUAUAUGUC